AUGGCUUCCAAUGACAAAGUUACUUUGCAGAACAUCCAAGACUACGCCAAUAAGUACUUUCCAGACGAGUUCGCAAAAUUGCCUUUGGUCGAAGACUUGGUCUGGGUACCAGCCUCACAAACUCGAACCACGACACAGUGGUACAUGAAGAUCGCCCUGGUAAAGCUUCGUAUCGGCGGAUAUAAGGAUAUCCAGUCAACAUGGGCCCACAAAGAGCUUGACCAGUCGCCUGGGGGAGUAUACAUGCUAUCUGGAGGACAACGGAUCCUAUCGGUGAUGCUACCACACAUCGAGGACCUCUGCCAUCCAUUCAAGGCCGCAUAUCGACAAAGUGGAUAUUCAUUUGAUAUGGUAGGACCCGAUUACGGCUUCGAGCUGAAAACUUUGAUCGAGUACUACUUUUUGCUGAAGGGCGCGAUACCGCCCUUCAAGUAUCCGUGGGCUAUGGAUAAUUUUGAAUGGGCGGUCAGGUCGGUCGCGAACGGGGCGCCACUGAAUAACGUUCCUACCACCAAAUUUAGCGCGGAUGUAGAGACGCGGAUGCGCUCUAUUCAGACUAUGCUUCCCUCUGCACCGCACGCAUCAGCGAUGUUACCGGCUAAAAUCGGUACCCAAGGCCGAGGUACCUCACUCACGGAGGAUCUGAUGCGCACGGUCAAGAAUCGUGUCCCUGAAGAGAUUGAAGGAACUGGUACAACAAAACAAGAAGCACAUCAUACAGACAGAAACCAGAUGAAGAAGCUCUUCAAAGACCAGAAGGAUGCGCGAAGAAAGAUUGAUGAAGACAUGGCCGCCACAUCAGCUCAGAAAGAGGCACACAUAGCAAGGAUCCAAGUGCUUGAAAAUGAGCUCUCUGAGGCACAGGCAGCGCGUAAAGCAACCGAUGGAGCUAUGGCAGCUCUGCAUGAGCGACACAAACAGAUGCAAAAGCUGCUGGAUAACAGUCGAACCGAGAACGAGGAAGUGAGAAACAAGCUGAAGACACUUGCUAACAGCAGCGUUAGAGACGCCCGCGUAUGGAAACAGAGGGUGCGAGCAGACCAGAACAGACGGUCAGAGGCGGAGGCCAAGCUCAAGGAAGAAUGUGCUCGCAAAGAAUCCCGGUGGGAGAAAGCGCAAGCUUUCUACACAAACCAGAAAGAGUUGCUCGAGAUACAGGUUGCAGAAUGUCCGGAAGAAGAGAAGGAAUCAAUUAUGGAAGCAUUCAAGGCAGAGUAUGGAGAGCUUUGCCCAGAAUGA